AUGUUCGGGCGCAUUUUGCGUAGACAGAAGCUCUUUCGAAGCCACUUUCGAAAUGCCUCUCUCUUCGGAAAGGAAUACAAGGAAGAUCACAUGACAAAUCUUACCCCACGGAUCAUCAACAAUCUUGGAAACCACAAGCACCGAAUUCCCAAUCACCCCAUCGAGAUUAUCAAAAACGAAAUUUACAAAUAUUUCGAUCAAAGCAGCACGAGCUUCGCCAAGUUCGAAGAACUGAGCCCGAUCGUCACUGUCGAGCAAAACUUCGACUCUGUCCUUAUUCCAAAGGAGCACGUCUCGCGCGACAAGAAAGACAAUUACUACAUAAACGAAGAACUUCUCCUGCGAGCGCACACUUCCGCGCACCAAGUCGAGCUUCUCCGCAAGGGCGAGUCCUCGUUUCUAUGCUGCGGCGAUGUUUAUAGAAGAGACACGAUGGAUAGAUCUCAUUAUCCGAUUUUUCAUCAAAUGGAAGGCCCAAGAAAACUAUUCAUCAGAGGCAGUGAAAAAGUCGAAAAUGACUUGAAAAGAACGCUAGAAGGAUUGGUAAAACAUUUAUUUGGAGAGAAUGUUGAGUACCGAUGGAUGGACGAGUACUUUCCUUUCACGCAUCCGAGUUUUGAAAUUGAAGUAUUUUAUGAAGGCGACUGGCUGGAAAUUCUCGGCUGUGGUAUCAUGGAACAUAGAGUGCUUGUGAACGGAAAAGCGGAAGAUAAAAUUGGAUGGGCUUUCGGUCUUGGACUGGAGCGUCUGGCGAUGCGUUUAUUCGAUAUCAAGGACAUUCGACUCUUUUGGAAGUCCGAAGUAGUCCAGGAGCAGUUCCAAAACUUCACCGGCGACUUCAGACAAUUCAAAUUCGUUCUUCCAGAGAGGAAGAUUGAACCAGCAAAAUUCGACCUAGCAUUUUGGGUUCCGGAAGGUUUCCACGAGCACGAUUUUUACGAUAUCGCGCGAAAUAUAGAUGUUGAGGAUGCUAUUGAAAAUGUCGAGUUAAUCGAUGUAUUCACGCAUCCCAAAACCGGAAAGACGUCUCAUUGUUACCGAACCUUCUACCGUGGCGCAUUAAAAGGGCUGCAGUUCAAAGAUGUCGAACACAUAGAUUCUGCGAUCCGAGCUGCCUUGCAAGAGCAAGGAGCCGGUCUUCGAUAA